UUUAGUCUUUCUCAAUGAAAACAACAAUCUUAAAACCCCAAACAAAAAUAAUAAAAUUUCUGAUCUUCAACCUAAAUGAUAAGAAACCAAGUCCACAAGCUUAGAAGCCUCCUCACUUCUCCUCCGCCAUGGACAGCAGCACCGCCGUGAUGAAUCGACCAACGCCACCGUUCCCUUCGCCGCAUCGGAGCGUGGACUUCUCUCCGAUCGAGUUCAUCCUCGGCCUCGUUGCCGUCAUCACUAUCCCUGCCCUAGUUUACUCCUUCUUCUUCGCAAUCAAGUGCCCGCCGAACCUCCGCCUCUGGCGACGGAGAUCCGCUGGCGCCGGCGCCGGCGCCGUGGCGGCCGGAAAUCGAACUUUUUCUAGUGACGUGGCGUUGGCCGUUAAGUACAAGAAGGAGGAGCACUGUAAGGAAGUCGGCAGCGAGUGCCCGGUGUGCCUGUCGGCGUUCGGCGACGGCGAGGAGGUCCGGCAGCUCACCGCCUGUAAGCACUCUUUUCAUGUGGCUUGCAUCGACAUGUGGCUCUGUUCUCACCCUAAUUGCCCUGUUUGCCGCGCCUCCAUCGCCGUCGCCGUUAAACGGCCGAUUAGCCACCGCGCGCCGGUGCCGGCGCCUAGAAACGACGAUUUCCAGCAAGGUUUGCCCGAUGCCGGGACUUUAGUUUGACAAAUAUCUCUGAAAUUCUUCUUCCCUCUUCAGUAGCAAGAUUCCGAUUGCUGCAAUUCGAAACAUAGAUCGAAAUUACUUUCAGAUCUCGUCUCAAUUUCGUUCAAUUUUGUCUGGAAAAAUUAGAUAAAAUUGAUUUUUGAAAUGCC